AGCCAAUCAAAGCGCAGGAGGCGGGCAUUGUCAGAAAGUCGGGUUAGCAAAACACGAACCGCUGAUGCAUCUCAAACUGGAACAUUUUGAGGUCAUGAAACGGGAACAAAGAAGCUUAUUUUCGUUAUUGGUUCUCUGAAAACACAAAACUGUGUUUUAUCUAAUCUAAACCCAGUGGUAUGUUCUGGUUGAUGCAUUAGUGAAGAAGACGUUUGUCUUUGCCGAUUGUCUUCACCAUGGAUCAAAGAGACAGUGUUAAUGCUGACUCUGAUAGAUCCACUGGCUCUGAAGCUCGCUGUCAGCGAUGGAGGAAUCAAAGCGGGUUUUGGUUGCUUGGUCUGUGUAAUAACUUUGCCUACGUGGUGAUGCUGAGUGCCGCUCAUGACAUUUUAAAACAACAGGAGUCUCAUAACGCAACAGUGCCGUCUACAGACCUCCUACACUCACACAGCGGAAACAGCAGCAACAGUAGCCGCUACGACUGCAACCCCGUGUCUACUGCAGCUGUUCUUCUGGCUGACAUCUUACCCACUCUAGUGAUCAAAUUGACAGCGCCGUUUGUCAUACACAAAAUGCCUUAUGGUUUCCGUAUUCUGGUGUGUGUCGCCACGGCAACGACCAGCUUCUUAGUGGUGUCAUUUUCUUCAACUGUGUGGAUGAGCAUAUUAGGUGUGAUCUUUGCCAGUGUGAGUUCAGGACUGGGCGAGCUCUCCUUCCUCUCCCUCACGGUCUAUUUCAGCAGUGAUGUGCUGAGCGGAUGGGGAUCAGGUACAGGAGGAGCAGGAGUGGCCGGCGCUUUCCUUUACUCUGCUUUUACACAGGCUGGGCUUUCACCCCGAGUUACGCUGUUGAUCAUGCUGGUCAUCCCUGCUGUUAUGCUGAUCAGUUACUUCCUCCUUCUAGUCUUCCCUCCCUCCUUCCCACAGUGGAAGUCUGGGUCUGGUUUGCUCUCUGGGGAAGACUUUCAGGAACGGCGGCCCUUAAUAGUGGAUGAUAACGAUGAAGAUUUUGUUCAAGAUGAGAAAGGGAGAGAUAACUGUAGUGGAAAUGCUUUCUCCAUCCUGACAGAGGACCGAUGCACCAGACCCCUGACCUUCUCAGACAAACUACAUAUCCUGAAAGGUCUGCUAAAGUUUACUGUGCCUCUAUGCGUGGUCUACUUUGCUGAAUAUUUCAUUAACCAGGGAUUGUUGGAGUUGCUCUACUUCCCUGCUUCCAGUUUGUCUCACGCAGAACAGUAUCGUUGGUAUCAGACUCUGUACCAGAUUGGUGUGUUCAUAUCCCGCACUUCGCUCUACUGCAUUAAGAUCAGGAGAGUCUGGGUGCUUUCUGUGUUGCAGUGUGUGAACGCAGUCGUGCUGCUUAUUUCAGUGUAUUGCCAGUUCUGGCCAUAUGUUUGGGUCGUGUUUUUAAUAGUUCUGUAUGAAGGUUUGCUGGGAGGAGCCGCCUACGUUAACAUCUUCUACUUAAUCAGAGUUGAGACUGGGGACCGUGAGAGGGAAUUUGCGAUGGCUGCAGCGAGUGUGGGAGACAGUAUAGGCAUUGCUCUCUCUGCAGCACCAGCCAUUCCAAUACACAACUACUUCUGCUCUCUGUGAGGGAGACCACAGACAGACAGACAGAAAGACAGAGGUCUUAGUGUACUUUAUGCAGACACAACGUUAAGCUGGCCUCCACAAACAUUAUCACUUAUUACAGAGCACAGAGGCUUUGUUCACCAUGUUGUGCACACUGGAGAACUCUGAGAAAGAACACACUAUGUGACCAAGACUGUGGUUGGUCUGUACAAAUGAGCCAUGCUCAAGAUGAUUCAUUCCAAGAUGGAUGACUUUGAGGAACAAACCAACAAACCGCAGUGGGUGUGUGAGCUCGUAAGCUCGCAAAGGUGUUUCCAUCUCCACAUUAAGCAUGCCGAGGCCUUUAAGUUGGUGGUAUAUUUCAAACCAUGGAAGAAGCAAAAGAAAAAGAACUUUUCUCUGUCUACUUAAAAAAAAAAAAAAAAAAAAAACUUAUAUAGUGUGUUUUUUCUAGAACAUUCACAGGUAAGGUGAGCAGACUUCAUAACAUCGUGGUGUUGCCAGGUCACUUUUGGCACAGAUGACCCCAUUUUGACAUUUCCCAAACUGCAUUUCCCACCCAGCUACAAACUGCAGAGGGUAAAGGCUAGCAUGUGCUUCCUCCAAGACAUGUGAAGCCAGCCAGUUUCAUCUUUUUUUUUUUUUUUUUUUUAGAACUGAUGCUCAUGCUGCAUUACGGGGCAGUGUAACACACUCUGAGGAAAGCGCUAUCCGCCCACUUCCGCAUACACUGAAAGCUCACAGACACGCAUGAUUGGCUAGUGUCGCUGUGAUUGACAGGGGAGAGAACUAAAAAUCUCCCAAUGAUAGCAUGAAUGAUUUGUCUGAUAUUUUGAAUUUUGAAAAACCUGAUAUUUUAUCAAAUGCAGUGCAAAAUAAUUUAUUUUGUUUAUUAUGUUUAAGAUUAAUGACAUUCAAUCACAGGUCAAAUUAUUGCACAAUUUUUUUCUGGUUUAGAAACAACUGGCUUUUUUUUUUUUUUUCAUUUGGAAGCCGAAAGAGAACUGUACAUACAGCAUUCUCACUCAAAAUACAAGCUUUUUGGUUUAAAGUAUACCACUAGCUUUAAGCCGUGAGAAGUUAACUGGAGCAGAAGACAUUGUGGAGGCAUUAUACUGACAUACGACUUUUGCUCAUGUAUUAUUUUCCUUUGGCCUUUUUCCUGGCUGAGAAAUGCACUAUUGAUUUUAAUUGUGAUUUUAAACAUAACUGUUAUAAACAGAAUUUUUAGUGUGACAUAAUGUGUGCUUGUGAGACGAACAUUUCCACAUUUCCUUGUUUCUGUCUCUGGUAAUGCCGACUGUUAGCCUGUCUGUUAUUAAUCAUAAUGACUUCCUGAAUGCAGUUCUAAAUUAUAGCCUUCGUAAACGAUUUCUCUUCCCGAGGACCUGCCACUGCUGACAUGCCGAACAAAAACGUAUAAAAUUAACGUCAUUAGAAGCUUUCUUCAAUGUUCUUGUCCAAAUAAUCAUUUGGAAAGUUUCAGCAGAUGAGCAUUUUCUAGUUUUAGCAGAAGAUUUAACAUUAAUAUAUUAUGGGAAGGCUGCACUAA